GUUUGUUGGCAAUACGCUAAGAGCUCCUACCGGCGAGUAAGUUGUUACAUACGCCAUAGACAGUUGGACGUUCGGUGUCAAGGUUUCUAUGGAGCGAAUAAAUAUUUAGCACUCCAUUAUUGCUAAUUUGCAAGGAACGAACGCAGGUCAAUUGCUGAACUAAAGGCUUGAGCGAGCGCGGUGGAAUGGCGGAUAGCACAAGAACAGUCUUAAUCGCAGUCGACGAGUGCGAACACAGUGAGAGAGCUUUUGAAUGGUAUUUGAAUCAUGUUCAUCAGGCAGAGAACUCACUGAUCGUGCUGUACUGUCACGAGAAGCUUGAUCCUCCAGCAUUGUUGCAUUCAGCACAUUCCGAAGAAUGGAAACAAACUUUAAAAGAACACGACGAGAAAAAAGACAGGGUAAUCGAGAAGUACAAACACAAAUGCGAGGAGAGAAGGGUAAAGCGUGACAAUAAUACUAAAUAUUGUAAGCUAAAGGCAAAAAUCAAGGUAGAAGCUGGAAAACCCGGCGAGACUAUUCACAGAAUAGCUGACCAGCAAAAGGUUACUUGUAUUGUGAUGGGAGGCCGCGGGAUGUCAACACUACGGCGCACAUUAUUAGGUGGAGUCAGUGAUUACGUCAUCAAGCACACUCAGAUCCCUGUUAUCUUUAUACCGGGUCAGCAGUGAAUGACGGGGGCUUGGAAACGAAUUAUUCCGCUGCCUCGUGUAUCGUUGUCAUAACUUCCCACCAGAAGGUGUAACGCAUUGAAUGAAAAGUUUAAACCAUAAAAUGUACGCUCGGGUGUAACUUGAAUUUUGCACUAACAAGGUAGAUUAAAAAUG